CGCCUUGAAAUUCGCACUAAACUUUCUAUACUUUUCAAAAUGCGCGCGCUAACUCCCGGAAUCUUCGUUUUGUGCUUUGACCUCAACAGGGGAGCCCCGGACCCGAGUGCAAUGACGGCAUUGAUUACAGCGGCCAUCGCUCGUAUCGAUGGUUUGUUACGGGAACAGUCGUCUUGUCUCGCUUCCGGUUGCCCCGUGAUCUCACCACUCCUCCUUAACCCACCACCUUCACUUACCAGCACUAUAAAUUUUUGUGUCCCGUAUUCCCGUCGUUAAGCUAAGUAUUAUGAUCCUGAUUAUAACUGUACCGUUUUCAGUAAAACCCAUCAAUCAUGGACCAACAGAUCGGCUCAGACGGACACAUGACCGUCGUCCAAGCGAUCCCGACGUCCAACAAUCAGGUUCAAGUCGUCCAGGCUGGCCAGGUGAUACAGAGCGCUAACGGUCAGCAGAUCGUAGUGCAUGCCGUGCCCCAAAAUGGCGGUCAGUCAGUGCACUUAGGUUCGCCGGGCAACCAACCGCUGCAACUACUUCAACUACCUGUACAACAUCAGGCGCAAGCACAGUUGAUACAGACACCUGAUGGACAAACGUUUAUUUAUCAGCCUGUUCAAGUUGACAACGGUCAAUCGAUUGCCCAACAACAAACCCAACCAACAUUAAUUAGCAUAAAUGGAAAUAUCAUGCAGUUAUCCAAUCCACCAACUGCCGGUUCUCCAACCGUCACUCAAACAGCUAAUUCUGUUGCACAAGGAGUUCCUCAUAAUCAACAGAACAUUGUUAUGAUGGUGCCAAAUGGAAAUGCCCCCAAUAAUAAUCAAUUUCAACGAGUACCCACAACAGCCGAGUUCCUUGAAGAAGAGCCUUUGUAUGUAAAUGCUAAACAGUACAAAAGAAUACUGAAAAGAAGGCAAGCACGAGCAAAAUUAGAGGCAGAAGGAAAGAUACCUAAAACCCGCCAAAAAUAUCUGUAUGAAUCACGCCACAAACAUGCAAUGAAUCGUAUAAGAGGAGAAGGUGGCCGUUUUCAUUCAGGAUCACUGAAGAGAAUGAGUAUGUCGAGUAGUAAAAACAUGCAAAACGAUGACUGUAGCAUUCGAAUGGACAAUCAUAGUUAUCAUGUAACUAUAAAACGGCAAAUUGAUGAUGAACAAAAUUUGCAAUCGCAUAAUGGACUAGUUUAUAGUAUAAGUGGCUAAUAAAAAAGCCGAUUUUCUCAAUUGAACUAAGAGUAAUGUGUGUUAAAUUAAAAAAAAGGUUUUUUAACAACUCCAUUACUCGUAACUUUUUAAGACUUUAAAUUUAUUACUUACUUUUAUUCUAUUAAUGUACUUUGUUGAAUACUGUAGUCACUAUACUAAAGUAGCCUUAUGAGCUAUAUGAGUUGUUUUUUUUUUUUUUUUUAAUUAAUUUACCAACCCUUAUAAGUAGAUUUUUUUUAAAUGUACAUAUUAUUUAUAAGUAUUAAUAAUAAAUUUUUUUUAAAGAUAUCUUAAAAACAUAUCUCCUUGUUGAGCAAACUAGUAUAGACAGUAUAAUGAUAGUUAUACUUUUUAAAUAAGAUCUAAAUGAGAAUAAAAGAACCUUAAAAUCUAAUGUAUGAUACUAUACAAAUAAAAAUAAUCAACAAUCACAA